AUGAGCGGAAAUACUAGCACUAGCAGCACCGGUGGCGGUGGCGGUGGUGGUAGUGGACCAUGUGGAGCUUGCAAGUUUUUGAGAAGAAAGUGUGUGGCGGAGUGCAUAUUCGCGCCAUAUUUCGACUCCGAGCAAGGAGCCACCCAUUUCGCGGCGGUGCAUAAGGUUUUCGGUGCCAGUAAUGUUACCAAACUCCUUAUGAGUAUUCCGGUUAACAAGCGCCUCGAUGCCGUCAUCACCAUUUGUUAUGAAGCUCAAGCUAGGCUCAGAGAUCCUGUCUAUGGAUGUGUUGCUCAAAUCUUUGCCCUUCAACAACAGGUCUAA